AUGAAGUUACGAAGUUGUUUUUUGAUAGCAGUUACGGCAGCAAAAGCUGCUGCCGAAAUGGCACAUAGUGGCUCUCAAGACAUGAGUGACUCUCAAGAUGCGAGUACGUAUGAUGAUGUAAAGCCGGUACCUCAUCUAAGCAGCCACCAUCAUGGAGUGCCUAUUUUGCAAACCGAUCUUAAGCCACCAGAACGAGCUUAUUGGGAGGCUUAUAACACCACAACCUUCUUUACGGUCGAUGCUCCACAUAAGGGGGCAUUGUAUAUGCACGUAGGGCUCAUUUCCGUCGCAAUGGUGGUGGUUUAUCCGGUAUGUAUGGUGAUGAAUAAUGUUCAGUCAAUGUGGUAUUUGGCGGGCUUGACAUUAAAUUCGGCAAUGGUGGUGUUGGCGCUCCUCAACUAUUUCCGUUUCAUGCAAUCGGCACCAGAUUUGUACCCUGGAAAUGCCUAUACUCGUAUGUCGUGGAUUCUCUUUUUUUCCACUUGCAUCCACUGGUUUUUUGCAUUGUUAAAGACCGGGUUCAAUUACGUCCAGGGGACCAAUGAGGGACAAUAUGCUCAUUUAUAUGACCAGGAGAGCCAAGAUCUGGAAGCCACAAACGAAGGGCCGUCUUCAGCCUUGAUUAACGAUGCUGACUCGUUUGAAAUUACCGACGAAGAAAACGAGUACAAGACACCUCCAAGACCACAAAAACUCCAGAAUGAGUCCCCUUCGCCAUUUGCAAAGUUAUUGGAAAGUCGCUGGGUUCGAAAGUGGGUGGCAUUUUUCGGCUCGUCAACGGUAAGAAUUUCCCAAUAUUUGAACUGGGGCCACUUUUUCUUUCACCUUGUAUAUAUCCCCACAGGCGUCGCUGUUCUAGGAUGCUUUGGUCGUGGAAACAGUUUGUUCAACAUGUUGGCACAUUUCAUUAAAGGAGGAAUUUUCUUCUCGUUGGGAAUGCUCUAUUUGGCUCGGUAUUGUGGUGCAUACGCCGCCUAUGGUUGGGCAUGGAACCACAAGUUUGUCACCGAGGCCGAAACCAGAGUCAACAGAUGGGCCAGGUUUCAAUCGUCUGGAUUGUGUACCAUGGAAAUGGUGGAAUCUUCCCUCAUCUUGGUCUACGGAAGCACCAACAUCUUCUUGGAACAUUUGGCCAAUCCAGGAGGAGAAUGGUCCGCUAAAGAUUUACAGCACGCAUCCAUUGCGUUCAUAUAUAUUGGCUGUGGUCUUUGUGGGGUAAUUACCGAGUACAAAUUGGCAACUUGGAGAUAUGAAAGGGCCAUGCAAGCAAUGCAAAAUCAUGAAGAAACAAAAUCAAAAAUUGUCAAAGCCACUCCAGGAUUUUCUCCCAAUCCGUUCCCCAUUAUUACUGUUUUCUGGACAGGUAUUCUCAUGUCGAAACAUGAGCAGGCUUCACACUUGUCUACGGAAAUUCACACCCAAUGGGGAAACAUGUUCAUCCUUGGUUGUGGGUUCAGGUUUCUAAGCUACAUCCUUCUUCUCGUAGCACCACCUGAAAAGAGUCCCACCAAGGUUCCUCGGUCAAUUACAGAGUUGGUGGUUAGUUUUUCAUUGCUUUGUGGAGGACUCAUUUUCAUGGAAUCUUGCGACCCAAUUGUAUUGGCAUUUGAAUAUAGGGGAUUCACGUCCAUGUUCACGCUUAACGUCUCUUUGGGAGUCAUCACUCUCUUGAUGGCUUGGCAGAUUGCGUUAUUUGCAAUCAAGGAUUGGAUGGUGGAUCGUAGAUAG